GAAAUAGUCCAAGAUGGCGUCGAUUGCUACGAGGCCUCUGAGAGAAUAUUUUAUUUUCCCGAAUCCUUCCAACAUGAAGUAUUUACCGAGCCAACGACUUCUCUGAAGAUAUAUUUGUAGUUCAUUGUGACAAAGAAAAUUCUAAUUCAUCAUGAUGGAAAAGAAGGUUAAGCUGAGGACAGUGAACUCUUGUAUCACAUGUAUACUGUGUAGAGGAUAUCUCAUCGAGGCCACAACCAUAACUGAAUGUUUACAUACGUUCUGUAAGAGCUGCCUUGUACGGUACUUAGAGGACCACAAUUCCUGUCCAAAAUGCCAAACACUCAUUCACCAAAGCCACCCCAUGAACUAUAUCAGCCAUGACCGGACUAUGCAGGACAUAGUAUACAAAUUGGUGCCAAAUCUUCAACAAAAGGAAUUAAGACGCCAGCAAGAAUUCUUCAGGAAGCAUGCCUCGCAGGGAAUUAAACCAGAAUUAGAAGAUGUGAAUGAUAACCACACAGAGAAUGUUGUGUCAGUGAAGGAAGAGAACAAAGACUUCCAUCGUCAUGACGAGCAGCUGAAUGUGUGCUUAGAGUGUCAAGGAACUAUGAAAAACUUAAAAAGGAAAUUCUUACGAAUCUCGUCACAAGCCACUGUCAGUCACCUAAAGAAGUUUGUGGCUCUAAAGCUGUACAGUGAUCAAACGAAAUAUACCAAUAUUGAAAUUUUGUGCAAUGAUGAACUACUAGGCAAACAUCAUACUCUAAAGUUUGUGGCAGUCACAAGAUGGAGGGUCAAGGAUGGUCCAUUACUGCUUCACUAUCGACAGAAAACAUUGGACUUUUAAUAAAAAAAAAGUGCUAAUUUCCCAUAAUCCUGUCUUGUGCAGAUGUCAUAAGUACGCUGUUCUUCCCGCAGAAAUUAAACAUCGGAUGUCUGAAGUGUGCAGCUCUUUCUGCAGAAAGUUAAUAUCAGAUGUCUGGAUUGCUCCAUUGUCUCUGUGAAAAGUUAAACAUCAUAUCUCUCAAAGCUCUGUUCUUCUGAAGGGUACAGUUCUCUACAUUGGAUGUUUAAAGAGUGGUGUUCUCUCUGCAGAAAGUAAACAUUGGAUGUCUGCAAUAACAUUAUUCUCUCUGUGGAAUCACUGAUCUGUCAUAACCAUUGAGCACCACAACAAUGAACCACACUCUGACAUAUACCUGCUGUACCAUAUCAAAACAGUUGCAUUGUUGGUUGGUAUUAUGGCCGACUCUCCUGCAAAUUUUACCCUCUAAAUUGAGUGGGACCAGUUCUAUUUGAUGCACAUCUGUAUUUUAAUCUACUAAUCGUGUCUAUGAUAGAAUCAAAGGAUGGACCAAUAUAUAACCGCUAUGGGAAGGGCCUGUGUUUUGCAGGUCUACAUAUAAUGUGUAUAGACCAGCACUAGUCUAUCUAUGAUACUGAAGCUCUUCAAACUGUUAGUACUAAAUGUAUAUAGACUAGCACUAGUCUAUCUAUGAUACUGAAGCUCUUCAAAUUGUUAGUACUAAAUGACUGUUACAGAAUCCUCCUUCAGCCGAUGGUCAAUUGGUGACCAGCUGUAGACGUGAACAUUUAUUAAAUAAACUGCAAGAGUCACGAUGCUGAAACUAGAAAUUUGUUAUUUUAUUCAUGAGAAUGAUGAAUAUUUCUUUAAUUCUGGUCACCAAGCUGUAAUUUGAGUUUAGAAGUCAUUCUGGUGUUAACUUUAAAGAAAGUCUUAAGACAUUAAAGUUUGUUUCCUCUAUAUAAUACUACAGGUAUUAUUUACAAUGCUUCCCGACUUUAAUGGUGCAUACUAUUUGCUGGACAACAAGGAAUAUCUUCUAUCUGUUUAUUUUGUUAUAGAUUUUACAAAAAAGGAUUGAUACCAGGAUUAUAUCAUGUGUCACUAGCUUGCUGACAUGUGUAGUUAAAAUUCAUAACAUUUUCCUAUUUAUAGAAAAAAAAAGAUAAAUAUGACUGUCUGUCAUUUGAUAUACAUGUACUGGUAAAUGAUCCCAACAAGUAAUAAACUAUUUUCUUACAUAUUAUUGAGUUUGAUACAGUCUAUUCCAGUUGAAUAACUACACAAAUUAUGAACUUAGCAUGCAGAUUACAUGUUAACAUCACAGUAAUAAUCAAUGCUGUAAAUUAUGGUUGAUUUAAAAACUGAGUAUUUGAAAUUUGACAGUUGUUGGUUUGCAUUUCAUUACAUAAAUAGAACUAGAAAUACUAUAUCUCAUUUACCUAUAAUAUGAUGUUGAGUUAAAGUUCCAGAGUUUAUGGUAUAUAUAUCAACUGAUUUUAGUGAUUUCUUUCACGGAACGUAUUGGAGACAGUUUAGAUUGGCGAGAGUUGACAUGUAGGUAAUAUCUACAAGUACCCUUUGUGUGUAUCUCUGGAGACAGGUAACUUGUGUGUAUGUUUUUAAAUCUGGAUACGUACGUGUACUUGUAUUGUUUGUGUGUGUCUGAAUACAUUGUUUAUGUGUGACUGUGUAUCUGGGUACAUUGUUUAUGUGUGACUAUGUAUCAGGGUACAUCGUUUAUGUGUGACUGUGUAUCAGGGUACAUCGUUUAUGUGUGACUGUGUAUCAGGGUACAUCGUUUAUGUGUGACUGUGUAUCAGGGUACAUCGUUUAUGUGUGACUGUGUAUCAGGGUACAUCGUUUAUGUGUGACUGUGUCUCUGGGUACAUUGUUUAUGUGUGACUAUGUAUCAGGGUACAUCGUUUAUGUGUGACUGUGUAUCAGGGUACAUCGUUUAUGUGUGACUGUGUAUCAGGGUACAUCGUUUAUGUGUGACUGUGUAUCAGGGUACAUCGUUUAUGUGUGACUGUGUCUCUGGGUACAUUGUUUAUGUGUGACUAUGUAUCAGGGUACAUCGUUUAUGUGUGACUGUGUAUCAGGGUACAUCGUUUAUGUGUGACUGUGUAUCAGGGUACAUCGUUUAUGUGUGACUGUGUCUCUGGGUACAUUGUUUAUGUGUGACUAUGUAUCAGGGUACAUCGUUUAUGUGUGACUGUGUAUCAGGGUACAUCGUUUAUGUGUGACUGUGUAUCAGGGUACAUCGUUUAUGUGUGACUGUGUAUCAGGGUACAUCGUUUAUGUGUGACUGUGUCUCUGGGUACAUUGUUUAUGUGUGACUAUGUAUCAGGGUACAUCGUUUAUGUGUGACUGUGUAUCAGGGUACAUCGUUUAUGUGUGACUGUGUAUCAGGGUACAUCGUUUAUGUGUGACUGUGUAUCAGGGUACAUCGUUUAUGUGUGACUGUGUCUCUGGGUACAUUGUUUAUGUGUGACUGUCUGGGUACAUUGUUUAUAUGUGACUAUGUCUCUAGGAACAUUGUUUAUGUGUGUCUAUGUCUCUGGGUACAUUGUUUAUGUGUGACUGUGUCUCUGGGUACAUUGUUUAUAUGAGACUGUCUGGGUACAUUGCUUAUGUGUGACUGUCUGGGUACAUUGUUUAUGUGUGACUGUGUCUCUGGGUACAUUGUUCAUGUGUGACUGUCUGGGAACAUUGUUUAUGUGUGACUAUGUCCUUGGGAACAUUGUUUAU